GAUUUUAAUUCAUUUAAGUAACAGAACUCUACUCUUUCCUCAUUAUAAAUCAGGUGUUCUUAAGGUUAAUUUAGAAGUAAUCUUGAUAUUAUCUAAAAAAACUACCGAAGUUUAGUUCAAUUCGAAUAUUUCUUCAACUUUGCUCAUUGCUUGAAUAGAGAACAUCAAAGCGACAUGAGUUUCGAGGAUACAAGUGCAGACAGAAAUGUUGAAAUAUGGAAAAUCAAAAAACUUAUUAAGAGUUUAGAAUUAGCACGAGGAAAUGGAACAAGCAUGAUCUCACUCAUUAUUCCACCAAAAGAUCAAAUAUCUCGAGUCAGUAAGAUGUUAGCAGAUGAAUUCGGUACAGCUUCCAAUAUCAAGUCUCGAGUCAAUCGUCUAUCGGUUCUCGGCGCCAUCACUUCGGUCCAACAUAGAUUAAAAUUAUAUACCAAAGUGCCUCCAAAUGGACUCGUGAUCUACUGCGGAACAAUCGUGACAGAAGAAAAUAAAGAAAAGAAAGUGAAUAUUGACUUUGAACCAUUUAAGCCAAUAAAUACCUCGCUCUAUUUGUGUGACAACAAAUUUCAUACGGAAGCUCUAACGGCACUUCUGGCUGACGAUAACAAAUUUGGUUUCAUUGUUAUGGACGGUAAUGGAGCUUUGUUUGGAACACUUCAAGGCAAUACUCGUGAGGUUCUUCACAAAUUCACUGUGGAACUUCCCAAGAAACAUGGACGUGGUGGUCAAUCAGCUCUUCGUUUUGCUCGUCUUCGAAUGGAAAAACGUCACAACUACGUGCGGAAAGUUGCUGAAGUAGCAACAACGCUUUUCAUUACUAGCGAUAAACCAAAUAUCGCUGGUCUUAUUCUUGCUGGAAGUGCUGACUUUAAAACUGAACUGAGUCAAUCUGACAUGUUUGAUCCAAGAUUGCAAGCGAAAGUCAUCAAAUUAGUCGAUGUAUCCUACGGAGGUGAAAAUGGUUUUAAUCAAGCAAUUGAGUUGGCAGCCGAGUCAUUGCAGAACGUCAAGUUUAUUCAGGAAAAGAAACUUAUUGGACGUUAUUUCGAUGAAAUCUCACAAGAUACGGGAAAAUAUUGUUUUGGUGUUGAAGACACAUUGAAAGCUUUAGAACUUGGUUCUGUUGAGACUUUGAUUUGUUGGGAAAACUUGGACAUUCAACGUUACGUGCUGAAGAACACAAAUUCAUCGACUGCAGCACCGACAAUUUUACACUUAACACCAGAACAAGAGAAGGACAAGUCACAUUUCACUGACAAAGAGAGCGGGGUUGAAAUGGAGCUCGUUGAUGCUCAGCCUUUACUCGAAUGGCUUGCAAAUAAUUACAAGACAUUUGGUGCCACUUUGGAAAUCAUAACUGACAAGUCACAAGAAGGAAGUCAGUUUGUGAGAGGAUUUGGUGGAAUCGGAGGUUAG